ACAUUUUCGUAAUAUUUUGGCUCAGACGUUCUAUGAAAACUGGUCUGUUUGAUAGCAUAAUAUACAAACAAGAUGCCUAUGAUAAAGUUACAGAGUUUGGAGGGAGAAGUAUUCGAGAUAGAUGUUGAGAUUGCAAGACAAUCGGUUACUAUCAAAACUAUGCUUGAAGAUCUGGGUGUAGAAGAUGAUGAUGAAGAACCCGUCCCACUUCCAAAUGUCAAUGCAGCUAUCCUUAGAAAAGUCAUCGCUUGGUGCACCUACCACAAAGAUGACCCUCCUCCGCCUGAGGAUGAUGAGAAUAAGGAGAAGAGAACAGAUGAUAUCUGCUCAUGGGAUGCUGAAUUCCUUAAAGUUGACCAGGGCACUCUGUUUGAAUUAAUUCUUGCAGCAAAUUACCUGGAUAUUAAAGGACUGUUGGAUGUUACCUGUAAAACGGUAGCAAAUAUGAUCAAAGGAAAGUCCCCAGAAGAAAUCAGAAAGACAUUUAAUAUCAAGAAUGACUUCACCCCAGCAGAAGAAGAACAGGUUCGAAAAGAGAAUGAGUGGUGUGAAGAAAAAUAAAGGGAAUGUAUGAAAAAUAUUUUUUGUGUUUUGAGAGAGACUUUCUAAAGGUCUACAAAGGACAGCGACAAACUAUAGUGUUGUCUCCGAUGUGCUAUGGAAUAAAUAAAUUGUCUUAAUAAUCAGCCUGACCACAAUGGUGGUGAUGUUGUAUAUCACAUUUUGUAUUUAUUUGUGAAGUUGCUUUGUUUAGUGUUUGUUAGUUGUUUUUUUUUCCUCUCUCUCUACAUAUUUCACCAAGAUAAAAUUUAUCACAAAAUUCCCUCUCUUGUUUGCUGAUGUAGAAAAAAUUAUUUUUACCUCAUUUUAUUUUUUUUGGAAUAGAUGUAGUUUUCACUUCAACUUACCUUUAUAUAUGUUGAAUUGAAAGUUUUUCUCCGAGAUGAAAAUGAUGUUUUUAACACAUUGUUUACUGUUUGAAAAAAAAUAACUAAUGUAAUUAUAAAAUUUUCCUAAAUAUUUAUUCUUUGUUGUUUUUAAAAUUAUUUUUGAGAAUGAUCAGUGAAAAUAUAUAUAUAUGAUUCAUAGUUUAUCUGGGAAUAUAUGGAUAAUGAUAUCCCUGUGUACCCCAGUAUCUGUGCAAAUUGUGUCCUUGUCGUAAUUUUUAAAUGAGGAACUCGAUGUUUUAAACAUUUUUCUUCUUAAAUAAAAAAAAUUCACACUAUAA